UUCUCGUCCACUGUGUCUCGGCCGCUGUCUUCCAGCAUCAGUGAUGCUCCCCCUGCCGUCCCCUGUUCCCCGCCAACGACGCCAACGACACUCGCGCUGAUCCACUUUAUUUGUCGAUAGAGAUGGCUUCCUGCCCUCCUUUUCAGGACUAUCAGGUCGGCCAGGUUUUGACCUUAAGCGUUAUUCCCAAGCACGGCAAAAACUGCGCAGCCUCGACAAUCCGUGCACGAAUUCGGAAGCUCCAGUAUCCCCGUACGCUUUCACGCUGUAUGAUCGUGGACCUUCUGGGCGAAGAUUAUCCCGAUCAUCCGGUGUUUCUAAAGCUUUACGACAGUCGCUUCUCGGAGCAACUUCGGAGCGAUAAUGGAAUCGACCCGUGGACGAGGGAUGCGGAAAAAGAGUACAUCGACGCUGUCGAGACAGGCGCAGCGCGCCAAUUUAUUCACAAUCUCCGCACUAUCCCCGAUUUUGAGGAGGGCAUAGAGACUUGGGACGACGGCCAGCUCGAAACGUAUCUAACUAACGAAGUUCAUAAACUCUUCGACGCGGAGACUACCGCGUACGAUGCCCUUCGUGACAUCCAGGGAAAGCUGGUUCCCCGUCUCAUAGCACGCGUCCAUCUCGCCCUCUCGCUCCCGAACGUCGUCUGUAUGAGUCGCACCGACGCCGCCGAACUGCUCCAUAUUAAGGGAAUCUUGCUUCAGUAUGUCGACGGUUUUCCCCUAUCGGAGGUGCAAGAUCAUGCGCCCCAAUCCGAAUGGCAAGGCAUCGUCGAUCAAGCCGUCGCCAUCGUCCAGGCGGUCGGCGACCACGGCAUCCUUAAUACAGACGUUAGACCCGACAGCUUUAUGGUCCAGCGUGACAGGAGCGGUUGUUACCGGGUGUUCAUGAUUGACUUUGGUAUGACUCGCCUGCGAGGCUGGAACGAGUCGGACCGCGAUUGGGGCAAAGCCAAGCUGUACAGGGACGAGGAGGGAGCGGUCGGAUUCGUGAUGAAGAAGCGGCUUGCCAGAGAAGGCUUUGAGCUCCGAUAUGAGUAUGUGGACAGGUAUAGGGAAUGGGCUAGUGAUGAUGAGGAAUGAGCGGAUCUGUCCGCUCAGAAUAGAGUGAACCAUCGGACUCGAGGCCGAAUGUCGAGGCUGCCAAUCAACGACGAGUCGACGACGACUCUUCUUCGCUGGCCCUAGUGCACCUAAUACGUAGUAAUUCUAGUCAAGACAUCAUCUUUUUAAUUUGUGCCAUCUCGUCUUGUGAUCGUUGCGAAUCGUAGGGCAAGCUGGAUCGAAUAGCUAGCUCUCCAACUUUCGCCAGAUAAUCUCAGGCUACGAUUAAUGCAGUAGGACAUAGGUGGCUGGCUCUCUCGUGCAAGGUAUGAGAUGGAAGGGUG